AUUAUUUAGUAGAAAUCAUAUGUACCGAAUGAAUGUCAACCAAAGGACAACGUCUGCGUCAGAAAACCGGUAGUUUUUUUUAUCAACUGAAUUAUUUCCUUAUCGCGCGCAUGUAUUUACACGGCUAGAAGUCACUGUCGCAUUUGAACCGGCGCAAACCUCUCACUUUGUUCCAUCAACUCUGACCGCAUCCAACGUUCCUCCCGACGCUGCGCUGAAAUCGUCGUACCGAACCACCGCGGAGAUCAGCUAUGAAAUUUUUCUACGCGACAAUUAUUCUGACUUUGGCCGUGACUGGUCGGCAAGCCAUAGUCUGCGGUCCUGACGCUUGCAUCAGUAUAACCUGUGAGGCCGUAACCGAAGAAUACUGCGAAAGCAAAGGUCAAAUCUACGUUCCCAACGGCGGUUACUGUGGCUGUUGCUCAAUAUGUAAAACCGUGAUUGCGGAAGGACAGCCCUGUCCGGCUCCUCUCCGAGGAGUACCGCCCACAUGGGUUUGCGAAAGCGGAACUUCUUGUCAAACGUCAUCCGAUGGAUACCGGACUUGUCAGUGCAACUCGGACAGCUAUGAAUAAAAUUUUCGGUUAAUCUGACCUGUAGUAAAACUGAUACGUCCGAGUAAAAAAUGUAGCAG